GUUGAAGAUUCGAAAUUUGAAUUUUGAAACUCGUGGAGCGUAGUGUAGCAUCUCAGACUCGGAAGAGACCAGGUUGUUCCUCCUCACUCGUCAGUUACAACUAGAGGUGAGGUGGUAGACGAAAAAGCAACGGCUAUGGAAGACCCUAGGAUAAAGGAAUUGGACCCAGAAACCGAGUUCCUUUGCUCCAAGCGCAAGACUCAGAACGACUGGGAACUCUUCAAAGAGAACGUCAAACCUCUGAAGAGGGGUCGCAAUAUCACCAUCUUGAACAAUGCCCUCAAAUCCCACACCGAUAAUCAUAUCAAGAAAUCCCUCCUUGAAAAUCGAAGGAAAUUGAUUGAGGCUAUCGAUGAUUACAAAGGCGACGAUCCCCUGCAGCCAUGGCUCGAGUGUAUUAAAUGGGUUCAAGAAGCAUAUCCAGCUGGCGGUGAUUUCUCUGGACUUGUUUUGAUAUACGAACAUUGUGUGCGGACAUUUUGGCAUUCAGACCGCUACAAGGAAGAUCUCCGUUAUUUGAAAGUGUGGCUCGAAUAUGCUGAAAAUUGUUUCGAUGCGGAAGUCAUAUUUAAUUUUCUGCAUGCGAAUGCGAUUGGGACCACACAUUCUGCAUAUUACAUAUCGUAUGCUCUGCAUUUGGAAUCCAAUGCCAAAAUAAAGGCUGCAAAUGACACUUUUAAUCUUGGUAUUUCAAGGAACGCUCAGCCAAUAGACAAAUUGAAGGAUGUUUAUAGAAUGUUUCUUACACGCUCAAUGCAAAGACCAAAAGCAGCCGAAGAGUCGAUGGAAAAAUGCUUGCCAGUUCGUAGCUUUGGAACUGUACUUUCCAAUCCCGAGCACCACCGGCCACCUACAAUGGGCAAUUUCCAGCCGUCCAGGAAAAACAUGAAAGCAGAAAGGCCAUAUCUAGCUCCACUUGAUGUUUAUGAUGAUUCAAAAGUCGUCAGUACUUCACACCUUGAGCCAGAUGCGUCAAAGACACAUUCGAAUUCUUGGACAAUACUAGGGAGUCGAAGGGAGAGAAAUAAAGAAAACAAUGCGCUUCCUUCCAAAUGGACUUCCAACAAGAUACCACAAAGAAUUGGAUCCAGGGUUGGGGGGGCGAGUGCAAGUGCACCCUUAGAGGUGUUUGUAGAUGAAGAAUGUGAAAAGCCGGCGCAUAACUUGGAACACAAUGAAGGUGGAAAAUCGUCAACCACACACCUUAGGCAGGUUGAUGGACGCAAUUAUAAAAGGGAAACAGACUUGCUGAGGCAGAAUCCAUUGCGCAAUUUCCCUUCUAACAGCUUCCGAUGAUCAAACAAUUAUUCAGCUUUGUUUGUUGUAAAUUGUAAUAUUCCAACUUGAAUAUCGUGUGCUCGGUCCGUUGCUGAGAAAUUGUGUCCAAGUUCUCUGCCUGCACAGACAUUUGUUUUAUAAAUGGCCCUAUCUUGGUUUUGAGUCUGUCAAAGCCAGCGUUCAUUGUCUUUUUAAUUUUUAAAAGAUAAUUUGCUUUUAAUUCAUUGUUUAGUUGUUCUAGUUUUGGGUUUUGUGUUGUUUCUGGAAACAACUUUGUUUUCUUAGGAGUUGAUUGAAUAUGACUUUCAAUGCAUCUUUAGUCGGAGUAA